AUGACGACGGCGGUUGUUGAAGGUUCCAAUCGAAUUCUGAGGGAGGCGAUCAAACGUUCCCUGUUGCGUAGGCAACUCGCUCUCGCGUCCAGUUGUUGGAAAUGCCCCCAAGGAGCAAAACGUUAUCUGUUAACCGAAGACAUUCUGAGGUUACAUGAAUUUCAGCAACAGAAGUUGGCAAUUGGGUAUCGACUAUAUGGCGAGAAAGAUACGUAUUUUAAUACUAUUGAAGAGAAGCUAACAAAAAAUAGGCUGAUUCUCAAAGAUGAAUUGAAAAUGUUGCUGCAUUUGUGCCAGACAAAAAGUGACGUGGAAGUAGCCAAGAAGGUUAUAUAUAGGUACCAUGCAGAAAACAAAAACGUGGCCUUUGGGGAGUUUAAAUUUGGCCCUGUUUUUAUGAGACUGUGUUAUGAACUGGACCACGAAGCACCUGCAGUAGAACUAAUAAAAGAUCUGGCUCUGCGUGGCUUCUUCUCUGACAGCACGUCAUUCAAUAUUUUGAUGGAUCUGCUGUUUGUAAAAGGUCAUUAUGAAUGUGCUCUGGAUGUGCUGUUAGAAAUGAAGAGGCAACGGGUAAAAUUCAACAAAGAGACCUAUCUGCUUGCAUCUGCAAUAUGCUACAAACUGAACAGCUCAGAGUCUUGCAAGAUUUGUACUACAUUGCUGGAAGACCUGCAACUCAAAGGAGACCCAAUGCCAAGAAGAGUGUACUACUUUGCAGUAGCAUUUGCUCUGAAACAGAAUGAUGUCACAAAAGCCCAUUCCUUUUUUUCUCACAUCAUGAGUACAGGAAGCAGAAUAUGCAGUAAUCUAAAAGUUCUUCUUCAGGCCAAAUCCAGAGACCUAGAAGGCCUUGUCCAGACACUGGAACGGGCUUCAGACAGCGCUUCUGAUUUUGUGAAAAGACCUGAGUUCUCCAUUGAGGUGCUGACUGCAGCCAGGGAUAAGCUGGAGGGAAACCCAGCCCUUUGUGUCCACUUUGAAGAAAUCUUUGCCAAGCUGCAAGCCUCGGGACAGAUAACUUCCCUGACUCUGGAUGACUUGCUGUGCCAGACUCCACCCACAAAGAGGCGCUACACACAGCUGUUAAAGCAAAGACAAACAAGCCAGCGGACAUUCAAGCCACUACACUCUGCUUUGUUGGCUGAGUAGAACCACGUUCGGACUGCCUUUUCCCUGUUAGGAUUUGUACCCAAUAAAAUGCCGCUGUUGUG